AGCAACCGAGCGCUAUCUGACGCGUCCUUAGCAACCCGUUUUUAAUAACCCGUCAAAUUCUACAAUGGACAUAGUGGCCGAAAAUAAAUCUUUGUGGCAACAGAUAUGUGAGGAAUACGAGUCGGAGCUGCCUAGUCCGCCAGGAGCAGCCGCCCUGAGUCCUUACCGCCCGCAACACGAGGUGGCAGUAUACAGUGAGCUGGUGAAGAAUGAUCCUGCAAGGGCAGGCUGCUCUGCAUGGCGAGGAACACCGUCACUGGAUCAUAAUCAGCCCCAAUCCCCUGAUUCCGUCUUGCAGCAAAAUGCCACCACUCUCUACCUGGAGAGCGCUAUAUUCCCUGUGUUGCUGCCUGGACUGGAAGCUUUGCUCAUAGAGGCGCAGAAAGAAGACUGUGUGGAGAGGAAAAGGGCCAAAUUCAACGCCUGUGACUUUUUGACGGAGUGGCUCUAUAACCAUAACCCCCGAAGACUGGGCAACGGCCCCCCAAUAAAUUUCCUGGAGAUCCCGUUUGUCAAAGACUGGCUGAGCAGACACCCCCGCCCACCAAUCCCGCUGUCUCUGCUGCUGUCGGAUGCCGAGGCUGCACUUCUGAUCCAGUCUCAUUGGCGUGGCUAUAGGGUCCGCAGGCGCCCAGAUGUGCAGGAGCUGCGGCAGUGGCAGAGAGAGCUGCGCGCACAGAGCCGCGGCGUUAUGGAGACACUGCGGGAGUUCUGGGCCCAUCAGGAGAGUCGAGUGUCCCGGGAGAUGGCGGAGCUGGAGGACCCCGUGCCCCCCGACGCCUCAGUAGUCUCCAUCCUGGUGCUGUCGCCGACCCCCCAGAGCACCAUGGUCCUCUCACCCACCGCACAGGCCCCCCUGGAUGUCGGUGAAGCCGCCGACAGGAUGGAGUCCCCCCCUCCGUCCAUGGCGUCGCUGACCGUUCCCAAGCCGGAUCUUGGCCCGGUCCCUCCUCUGCUGAAUGAGUAGGCCUCACGCCCACAGCCUUGGCUACCUGGACGGCCACCACACGACUGGGCUAUUUGUGACGCUUCAUCUCCAUCCCACACAGCGCUUCACGAGUUCCAGUCGCCCGCAAUCUAACAAGCGACACAAAAAAUUACGGAAGGACCCUAAGAACGAGCGAAUGAUUCACGCCUCCCCCGCGUCGAUAAGGCGUGCCAAUGCAGUCCUGUCCACCAUGGGCGUCGCCACCAUUAAGUCUGAGGGGGUCUGAGCGUGUCCCCCUCGCAUUUCAUAAUCAUUCGUUUGGAUCCCCCCACAUUUAACAUAAAAUAUUACUUUUAUGCCAGUGUGCCCCCCCCCCCAUUCAGAAUGCUUCUGACGCCCCUGCUGUCCACCCUUCUCGUAUCCACUGGGGACAUUUUUUUUUCCAGAAGCAUUAGGAGGUUAAAAAAAACAAUGAAAGUUGUUGCUGAGAUGAAGCUUAUCUGUGCAGCCCGUUUCCUGUUUGUCAUGCAGCUGAAUGAACCAGUUUGACCUGAGAGAGGAAAAGGAACCAGUGGGACAAAUUAAUGGGAUUUCCAACUUUAUUGCUGGUAAAAGUGACAGAAAUGAAAAUCAUAUAAAUAAAAUGAAA